AUGAACCGUGUUGCUGCCAUCACUAGAACCUCGCGACCGAGCGCCGCUCCUGUGUGGGCGCGCUACGCUGCUCCCCAGGGAACGCGAGGCGCACCCUCCACCACGCUGGCAUGGGCAGCGCGCACAGCCGUCGUGGGAACCCAGCGGGCCACCUAUGGCGACAAGAGCCCCUCCGACAAGGCCAAGAAGGACAAGCAGAAGAAGGAUAAGGACUCCAAGGACUCCAAGGACAAGGAGGAGAAGCAAAAGAAGAAAGAUGACGCUGCUGCCGGCGACGCUAAGAGCAAGAAGAAGUAA